GUGCGGAGUCGGGUGGCAGCGCAGUGAGAGCAGGGACACUCGACCUGCCACUGGAAUACGCCGUGCAUUCGGAGAGCAGGUGCGAGGGGGACGUGUAAGGAGAAAUGUACCACGUGACUAAAGCAAUCGACGUCCCAGCAUUCUCUGCGGGAGAGCGGCAAAACACGUGCGAUUGUGUUGUGAUCUGCCGGGCGCGAACGGCGCAACGCUGAGACCGUUUGCGGUCGCGUACUACGUAGUACUUUUGUGCAACGCCGACGCAUCCCACGUUUCCGCCUGAGAAAGAUUAUAUGAUAUCAUGGAUUGUGAAGCCCAGCGCAUUAUGCUUUCUAUUAUUCAGGGCAAGUCGCCGUCUUCAACAGAAGCGGCUGUUCUGUCCACUUAUGCUACCCAAAAGCAAGCAAGUCUGAUGAUACCAGAGACCAGCAUCCCAGAUGCAGUGCUGCGUACCAGUUCGGCUGCCAAUAAGCAAAUACCAGCAAGUGAUGGAGGGUGCAUGGAGGCUGGACCAUCAUGCAUUCCAACUGGGGGUGGUGGUACAGAUGUAAUCCUGCAAAGAAGUUUGUCAUGCAUUACACCAGCACCAAAUAACGGGAAGGCGCAAGCUCAGGCGAGACUAUCGGGCAUCAGGAAAGGAGGUGGUGCUGCUGAAUGGACCGAGGGACAGACAAAGCUGCUGCUAGAGUACUACUAUAAGUACUUCCCACAGAUUGGCCCGUUCAAGAAAUUUAAAAACAAGAAACAGGCUUUCAAGCAAAUCUCCAUGGAUGUUGAAGCUAUACUUGGCAUCAAGAAAACACCAGAACAAUGUGAGAACCGCUACAAGACUGUGAUCAGACGUCGCAAGGCUGCCUCAGACAACAACAACAGAUCUGGAGCAUCACCGAGCCCUGUGCCAUUCGACGACGAGAUUCGCAAAAUAGAAACCAUUGACGACAGCAUUGAACCAGAAGUGCAAAGAGAUGCCUCAGGGGUUAUUUUCAAGGACUCGCCGGAAUCUCCAAGCCUUGUCUCACCAAAUGCAGAGAGCAUUGAGAAAAGUGAAAGCCAGUCGCCAAAUGCUGAUGUAAAACCGCGUUCAAGCACUGUACGCCUGCAACACAUGCAAUUGUUUUUUUCUGAAAUGAAGGCAAUAAAUGAAGAGCGGGAGUGUCGGAAAGCUGCCAGAGAUGCCGAGAAAGAAAACCGCAGAGCUCAACGGCAAGUAGAGCGACAGGCACUUCUUGACGAAAGGCGCAAAAUGCACAAUGAGAAAAUGGAAAUUUUGCGUCAAGCCUUCGGUCUUCAGAAAUAAAAUAUUUCAUAUUCAGGACUAGUACAAGAGACGUUGAAACGACGGGACAACAUGCAAAAAUUGCGAGUUGUCCUGCCCUUUAUGCUUUUGAAUUCCGUGUUAUGUGCUAGUCCUAAAUAUGUCUACUAUACAAC